ACCGUCUCCAUCUUGCACCACCUUCCCCUCUCCGCCUUCACGAUCUCACGACUUGUCACCUUGGUCGCGCCCUCUUCAUCGUCGCUCAAGCUUGGACUCUGCCUCGUCACUACCCUUUCACCGCCAUCCACGCGCAGAUUAUCCAUCAAGCCCACUGCGUUACCACGCAUAUUGUACAGUAUCUCCCUCCCGUUGACCCUCGUCACGCUCGCCGUUCCUGCACCUCCUCUCUCCUCCUUUGACCUGUUGUCCACCGCGGCCUUUGUCUCGCAAUGUCGAUGCCCCCGCCCCCUCCGCCCUCCAGACACCGGAGCACGGCGUCGGCGCCCAUCCCCGGUCUGCCCAUACCCAGCACGCGGCCAUUCGGCACACCGACGCGCCCGGCGCCGGCGUCGGCGCCGGCGCCUGCCCAUCAUGGAACCCCUACGCGUCCUACAACACCCUCGACGAGCCGGCCGACAUACCCGAGCUCAUCCUUGCGUCCCAUCCAUCACGCCAGUGAUCGCUCUAUAAACUCGACGCCUACGACUUCCUUCCUCUCGUCUUCAUCACAAGCGACCCCAUCUCAGCCCAUUCACCCUCUUGCUCCCAUGAGUGGCGCGUCCUCCAUCUCGGCGGCCUCGGCGGCCGUCGACUCCCCCCUCCCCACCGCCUCACGCAUCAUCGAGCCCGCGCACUCGAGAACCACGAGCGAGCAGACGAGAUCCGGCUUGCGCCAGUCCGCGCCCUCAACCCCAGCACAUAGAGUCUCGCGCAGCGUCGGCGCAUAUCCCGUCUCCCCCAGCGUCGAGGCGCGCCGGCAAGGUCUCGAGUCGCCGUCGCGCGCCAAGCUUGUCGAGCCCAAUCUCCCCUCUGCGCCUACUGUUUGGACACCAUCUGAACUCGCACAGUACCUCUCAUGGGCGCUGCGCACCGGCGGGAAUGAUGGGCAAGGCCCCACCCUUCCCUCACCUGUUAUCGAGGACGUUGUAUCUUGGGUCCUCCGUAGCCAGGUAACCGGGCGGCAGUUUGCCACUGGUGUUGACCAAGGCGUCGCCCGCCCGCCACCCUUCCUACCAGUCCUAGCUGUCGUCUCCCGCCGGCUGCGGCGCACAGGCUCCCGCCUCUCGGAAUGCAGCACGAGCACCGACGCGUCCGCGGAAGAGAAGGAAGUGACGCGCGUGCGCCGGCUCGCGCACGCCUUCGAGCACAUCUCCUCGGCAUCUGAAGCAAGUGGCGACGAGGCGUCCCUCUCGGUCCUCCGCGAACAACUCACCGGCGAGAGCGUGCACGGCUUCGGGCGCGCAGCGCCCCGCCCCGAGGCACGCAACUGGUCACGCCGUGACAGUGUGGCGAGCGUCGCCAGCAUCGCGAGCGGGAUAAGUGCCGCGAGUCACGCGCGGUGGCGUCCGUCCGCGGACAGCACCACCGUGUGGGUGACGCACGACGAAGACGUGUACGCGGCGGGCAACGCGAGCCCCACUGCCCCGCUGCGCGCGAAAGCCGAGGCCAAAGCCGCGCUCGAGCUGGCAGAGCUCGCCGGCCUGGCGAAAGACAACUCGCCACCGCCGCCGUACGCGCCAUCGCCGGCGCGGUCCUUCGCGCCCACGACGCCACCGCGCGCGCGCGACUCGUCCCCCGAACCUGCCUCCCCCUCCCCUUCCCCUUCCCCCUCCGCCUCGGCCUCCGCCCCCGCCUCCGCCUCACCACCCUCCCCGUCGCACAUGGCGCGUAUGGGCGCGCACCGCUCGAACGGCGUGGAUCCAUAUGCCGUCCUCCGCCAACGGCCUGCACCGGACAAGCCGCACUGGACGACGACGCGGCGCGCCUCGGGCACGCCCGGCUCGCUGCGGCGGCGCCGCGAAGCCGCCAUGGCGCGCGAGGUCGCCGCGCUCACGGACAGAAUACGCGAACUCGAGGCCAGACUUGCGGCCGUCGAGACGCCCGCCGACUCGCCUGCUGGCUCGGUGCCGGACGCCGGCGAGAAGCCCGGCGGCGAAAAGCCCAAGCCUCGGCCGCGCGGCCUCCUCGCGGCCCUCGGGCUCGCGGACGAGCACGGCAACCAGCCGCGCCUGCAGGAUCUGCCGGCGCUGCUCUUCCUCCUGGGCGUCGGCGUCGGCGCGGGCGGGUGUGCGGUCAUCGUGCGCGUUCUCCUGCAGCGCAGGAUUACCGCGUAGGCGGCACGGUUGGACUUGGAUCUCACAAUUCGAUGUUCCUGUUGUGUACACUGCGUGACAGAAUAUACAUACAUGCCCGCCGCGCCGAGCGGGCGCUAGCAAUCUAGUGCAAUGCAAAUGGUGGUAAGGU